AUGCUCAAAGCUUUCGGCCAGCCGUUUCAUCGACUGAGGGUUCCAGCUCCAGAUUCUUUCAAGGGACAGACGGUAUUGGUUACCGGAUCGAAUACAGGGGUCGGACUUGAAUCCGCCCGCCAUGUUCUACGCAUGGGGGCCGCGAAGAUCAUUCUCGGUGUCAGGACUCUCGUGAAGGGAAAGGCGGCAAAGGAAGACCUAACUGCAUCAACGGGGACACGGCCUGAGAGCAUCGAGGUGUGGCAGGUCGAUUUGGAGUCGUUCGAGAGCGUCAAAAGCUUUGCGACACGGAUGAAGAGGUACAUCGAAGACGAGGACGGACAGCUGGAUACAGCCAUCCUGAAUGCCGGGAUGGCUUCGGGUCAAUGGAAUUUGACGUCUGACGGCUGGGAGAGGACACUUGAAGUCAACGGCUUGUCCACGGCGUUAUUGAGUCUCCGCUUGCUACCGUUGCUCGUCACGCAAUCAAAGAAGAGCGGGAAAACCCCCCACCUAGUCAUCGUGGCGAGCGAUAUGCACAUGUACGUCAAGUUCCCGGAGAAGCACGCAGACAACAUCUUGCAGAACCUGAAUGAUAAGGCACAAUGGGAGAAAUCUCAAGCCCUCGGCGGACCAGCGGAACGGUACGGCCUCACCAAGCUGCUGGACAUUUUCGUCACUAUUGAGCUGGCGAAGAUGAUGUCAGAAGACCACCAGGGCAAUCCUCCCGUCAUUGUCAACUGUGUCACACCGGGAUUCUGCAAAUCCGAACUCCUCACACGGGAGCCGGCGCCACUGAUUUUGAAGCUCCUCCAAUGGGCCACGGCACGAGACGUGAAAGAUGGCAGUAAAGCCCUCGUUGAUGCGGCUGUUCGAGGCGUCGAGACGCACGGGCAAUGGUUGGAGAAUCAGCACAUUACCGACCCUGGUGCAAACGUGACGAGUCAGGAAGCGAUCAGGACGAGGGAAAAGGUGUGGAAGGAGAUGCUCGAGGUCCUUCACAAGGUCGACAGAGAGGUUGCCAGGAUGUGA